UGCACGCACUCAUGUUGCGUUGAACGGCUUCACAUUGAGCUGCAUGGUAUAAUGUUUUGUUGGAUGAUUUCAUAGUACGGUGCAUCGCAACAAGUUUUUCAAUGCAUCGUUCCAUGUUUAAAUGGAUAGAAUGAAGUUUUUUAUUAGAUGGUUUCAAAAUACAAUGCGUUGAAUGCGAAUAUAUUGGACGGGAUAGCGUUUUAGACUGGACGACGUUGAAAUAACUGCACUGACUGACUUGUUUAUGAAUGGAUUGUAUAUUUACUAAUUUUGGGCGGUUACAGCCGCCCAUACAAUAUCCUUCCUGGUAUGCAGACACAACUUAAAAGAGGACAUUGAACUUACUGUGCUGGGAAUAAGUCAUUUAAAUUAAAUGUCAAUUUUGAAGAAAGUGACUUCAGUGUUUACAGUUGUACCUGCAUUUCAUCCAACUUCUAAAAUGAGGACUCUUGUUCGAGCUUUAGGGAGGAAAAACAUCUUAUUAGAACAGUUGCCGGCAUUUUUCGGCAUUAAUAAGCAUGCUCAAGAAAGGCAUAUUCAUACGUCCACGUUAUCAGUCUUGCACCAGCAGCCGAAAAACGAUUUGGAAAUAGACUUGCCUCAGUUGAAGGUUCCCGAGAUACCCAGGCAUGAAUUGCUCACAUUUAGGGGGUUGGAAACUGACUUUCCAUGUCUAUCAAGGAACAAAAACACUGGACCAGAGCCCCAAUAUGAUAAGAUAAUGUCUGGAUAUAAAACUUUUACAACAGAUAAACCAUUCAAGCUAAGGUUGAAUAAUGCCAUUCUUCCCGAACUUACCAUAGCAUACGAGACGUGGGGAGAGUUGAAUGCUGACAAAAGCAAUGUUGUGAUGAUACAUGCAGGACUAUCAGCUAGCAGUCAUGCCAGAAGUCAUAAGGAUAAUCCAAACCCUGGUUGGUGGGAGAAGUUUAUUGGCCCUGGCCGAGCUGUGGACACAGAUGAUUUCUUUGUUAUUUGCACAAACAACUUAGGCGGUUGCUAUGGCACAUCAGGUCCUUCUUCAAUCAAUCCAAUCACUGGCGAGAAAUAUGCAACAACAUUCCCAGUUGUCAGUGUCCAGGACAUGGUUAAUGCACAGUUUGCUCUACUAGACCAUCUUGGAAUAGAACAAUUACACGCCAGUGUUGGUUCAUCUCUAGGUGGAAUGUGCUCGCUAAUGGCAGCGGCUAUGUACCCAGACAGGGUUGGAAGAAUGGUUUCAAUUUCAUCCUGCGCACAUAGUCACCCAUCCUCUAUCGCAAUGAGAUAUCUCCAGAGGAAAUGCAUUAUGAGUGACCCGAACUGGAACAAGGGACACUACUAUGAUAAGAAAUACCCAAAAAUGGGCAUGAAGCUGGCAAGAGAGUUAGCUACAAUGACAUAUAGAAGUGGACCAGAAUGGGACAAUAGGUUUGCUAGGAACCGUAUAGACGAGAUGGCACCAGUGACACUGUGUCCCACCUUCGUUAUAGAAAGUUACAUAGAGUACCAGGGCGAAGUUUUCAGUACCAAAUAUGACCCAAAUUCCAUUCUUUACAUUUCAAAGGCUAUGGACAUAUUUGAUAUGUCUGAAGGAUAUGGUUCCCUGGAGGAGGGAUUAGCUCGUGUCAAGUGUCCAGUAAUGGUAAUUGGUGUGCAGACAGACAUCUUGUUUCCCAUCUCACAACAGCGUGAACUGGCAUCUGUUCUUCAGUCUGCAGGCAACAAAUCUGUGACAUUUUAUGAGCUGAACUCUGUCUUUGGACACGAUACAUUCUUGCUUGAUUUGAAUGGUGUUGGAGCAGGUGUAAAGGGAUUUAUUGAAACACGGACAUCAAAGAAUGGCUUGGCCUCUAUUCCAGGUCCAGACAGGAGUUAUUUUUAAGAAAUAUGAAAAGUACAAACAACAUCAUGAAAUGCUUGUUUGCCAGAUAUUUGCUAUUACCUGCAUAUGAAAUUCUUUGAAUUAUAUGACAUUAUUUAUUGUAUAUAGGAUAUAUGAAAUUUUGUGACACAAUGUGACUGACAAGAAAGACAACAGCUGUUCAUGCAAUCUGUU